AUGUCAUGGCUUUGGGGGUCUUCGACUCCAGAACAGGAACAACCAGUCACAGACAUACCUACUUCAUCCGAUUAUAAUGCUGAAGCGGAGAGUUCAAUAUAUGAGAACCGGCCAAUAUUUGCACUUGACCAAAUAAAAAAUGCCGGCAUGCCUAUUCAAGCAACAAUGUCGCCUUACUUACAAAUGGACCCUUCCAUAUUCCGCCAAUCUGCGCCUCAGUACAUUAUGCCGGACGGAGGGACCUCUGGGAAAGGGAAGUUUGAAUUUGCAUUAGGACACAUAGGUUGGGCAGUUGCCGGGGGGUAUGCGAUUGGUGCUGCUAGAGGUUUUAUUCCAGAAAUUUUCAAUCCUGAUACGAGGCAGCUG